AUGAUUCAGAUAUUAGUCGUACUGGGAUUCUUUGCUGCCGCUGAAGCGGGUUAUAUUGGAGCAGGAGGAGGAGGUACAGGUGGAUUCUAUGGUGGGGGUGGAGGGGGUGUAGGAGGUAGCUACGUCAACGUGGUUCCCGUGCAGAUUGGUGCUGGAGGAGGCUAUGGCCGGCAACCAGUGUACCCUUCUAUUCCUACGCCUUACGCUUUUAAUUACGCCGCUCCUGCUCUUGGUGGAUUUAGCGCACGCCAGGAAUCUGGUGAUGGAUACGGGAGGGUGAGAGGAUCAUACAAGCUUUCUGGUGCCGAUGGACGCCAGAGAAAAGUUCAAUAUACAGCAGGUCCUGAAGGAUUCAGAGCUCAUAUCUACACUAAUGAACCAGGUACAAAGAGUGAAAACCCUGCUGACGUCGUUGUUCAAUCUUCUGCUCCCGUUGCACCACCUUAUUAUCCACCCAGACGACACCACGGAUAUGGAGCCUCUGCUGGUGGUGGUGGUGGUGGUCACCAGAAGUAUAUUAUUGUUCCAGGUAGCGGCCCUUGGCAAUAA